GGCUGGCCAUUCUAUGGGAGUCCCACCAUGCUCUUUUUUGUCUCGGCAGGGUGACGGAAAGGCAGGAGCGGAGGAAGGGACCAAUGCCGUCCAAGAGGGUAGCUCCCCCGGGUAUCCCACCUCUCCAAGGCCGUACGGCGUUCGCGAGUAUACGGUGACACCCCCUUCUUCCGCCCAAAGCAUCAUCGGAUGCACAUCCGACUUGUCAUGGGGCGGAGCAAGGACCUCACCAUCGGCAGCCAUCAUCAGCGAGAGGCCGCCUCCUUUCGCCCCCCCUUAUCAUUACUUGCACCAAGGCCAGGAGCUCUUUCGACGACCGCUACCUGUAGCCAAGCAGGACUCUCAACCUGCUUCUGGGGCAGAGGACUCUUCAUCCUCUGUCCUUACGUCCGAAAAGAAAGCAAAACAACCCGCCGCGUCAGGUAAAGGGGGAGGAGGAAAAACCAUCCGCAAGCUUCCAGACGGCCGGGAGGAGUGGCACUACUCCAACGGCACGGUCAAGGAGGUGCACCCGAACGGAAAGAGCAUCGUACACUUUAUGAACGGAGACAUCAAGACUGUCGAGGCGGGAACAGGGGACGUAGUCUACUGGUACGCUGCCAAUCAGACAAAGCAUAUCACAGUUGCUGCCUCGGGGUUGGAGAUAUUUGAGUUCCCUUCCGGUCAGGUGGAGCGGCACUACCCGAAUGGAGUGCGUGAGAUCCAGCCACCUGGUAUGGGGGUCAUCAAUGUGUAAGAGCGCGUGCCUUCCUGUGAGCAGACAGUGGCAGGGCGGCACGUAUCUGAAAUGAGAGCCAAACAUGCGUUACUCAAGAGACGAAUGGAAAGGACUUGAAGACGGAAAGCAACAUCAGAAGACGUAUGUAAGAACAAAAUAACGAAAAAAGAC